AGAGGAGAGGGAGAAGAGGGAGGAUAGUGAGGAAAAGGCGCUGAAAGAAGACCGGCAUAGUUUGGAAAAAGGGAUUGUGUUUAGAAAGGUAGAAAAAAGAUGAGCGAGAGAGGAGAACAAAAGAUGUGAGAAGCUUCCUCUCUCCACGGGAUGGACAACUGGAUUAUAAAUGUCCCUGCUCCAACUCUCUGUGGAUGUGUGAAUGAACCAGGAGGAGACACUCUGGAUUGGAUUGCAUUCUAAGAAAAAAGAAGAAAAUACACCACUAACCUUUUUUUUUGUACUGUAACUCAAAAUGGGAACUAAGUCUAACGAUUUUUGCCUCCAAGGUGCAAAGCUCCGUGCGGGUGUGUGCUGGAUGUUGUGUCAGGGCUGAAGCAGCAGUUGCCCCUCCCUCUCCCAUGAGCCCGUGUGCUCGGACACACACGCCCGGCGCCGCCACAACGCACGCACACCCGGCGCCCAAGCACGCACCCACCAUCGCCACGCCGUCAGUCCCCGAGGAGCCGAGCGGAGGCCAGCCCAGCUCAGUCGGAGCCUGAGGAUGUCGACGGAGACGGAGCUCCAGCCGUCGCUCAGCAGGCCCGGCAGCCUCAGGCGGGAAGCCAGGAGGAAAGGGCAGGAUCGCAGUGAGGCAACACUCAUUAGGCGCUUUAAGGGUGAUGGCGUCCGCUACAAGGCCAAGCUCAUCGGCCUGGACGAGGUCACUGCGGCCCGCGGAGACAAACUCUGUCAGGACUCCAUGAUGAAGCUCAAGGGUAUCGCUGCAGCAGCUCGCUCUAAAGGAGAACACAAGCAGAAAGUCUUCCUGACUGUUUCCUUUGGAGGGAUCAAGAUCUUUGAUGAGAAGUCGGGGGUCCUGCAACACCACCAUGCGGUCCACGAGAUCUCCUACAUUGCAAAGGACAUCACAGACCACAGAGCCUUCGGCUACGUCUGCGGAAAGGAAGGCCACCACCGCUUUGUGGCCAUCAAGACGGCACAAUCUGCUGAACCUGUGAUUCUGGACCUACGGGACUUGUUCCAGCUCAUCUAUGAGAUAAAGCAGAGGGAGGAAAUGGAGAAGAAGGCCCAGAAGGACAAACAGUGUGAGCAGGCCGUCUACCAGACGAUACUGGAGGAAGAUCUAGAGGACCCGGUCUACCAGAACGGACAUCCAAACACCCACCCCCUCCACCAACAUCAUCAUCAACAUCAUCAUCUUCAUAGUCAUCCGCAACUCCCCCAACCGGGACUCAGUGAGCAUCAGGAGCAUCAUCAGACUCAGCAGAAUGAGGCAGUGGCAGAUCUCAUAGACUUAGACCUGGAAACGGUUUCUCAGAAUAUCAACCAAUUGGAGCUUUUUGGAGACAUGUCAACACCCCCUGACAUAACGUCUCCAUCGACCCCGGCCUCCCCUGCUAACACCCUUGAUCUGUCGCUAGGCCUACAGCCUCCCACGGAACUCUUUGCUCCCUUCAAUCCUGCGUCUGUACCCUCAGGUUAUGUGACAAUGGGAGCGGUCCCCUCCGCACACUGGUCCCAGCAGGCUUUCGCCGCCCAGACGCCGCUGGCCUUCGGCGUCCAGUCCCCUAUAGGUCCGGUGGCCCAGGUGCUGCCAGGCGGCCAGCCACUCAUCUGGGGCCAGGCCAACAUCUUCCCCGCCACCCAGCAACAGUGGGCGGCCAUGGCAGCCGGAGCCUUCCCCCCAGCAGCAUACCUCCCUGCCCAACAGGUGGGCACUCUGCCCACCGCCAUGUUCCAGGCUCUCACCCCCGUCACCUCCAUGACAACGACUGGCGAAACCCAUUCAGGUGCAGGCGCGUCGGCUCUAGCUCCAUCCGCGUCGUCGAGUCCGCAGCAUGGGGAGCAGGCGAAAAAGAUGGGCAAGGAGAUGUUCAAGGACUUUCAGUUGGCAAAGCCACCAGCGAUGCCAUCAAAGAAGGGCGAGCAGCCCAGCCUAACGGGGACCUCAGAGGCAUUCAGUAGUUACUUCAGCCGCGUCGGCACGGCCCAGGACACGGACGACUGUGACGACUUUGAUAUCUCGCAGAUGAACCUGACGCCAGUCACCUCCACGACGCCGUCCACCAACUCUCCCCCCACCCCUGCUCCCCGCCAGAGCUCACCCACCAAAUCGUCGGCCUCGCACGUCAGCGACCCACCAACGGAUGCUACGGACCCCCCCACCGAUGACUCGUUUGGAGAGGCUGAGGGCAGCCCGAGCCGGAGCGGAGAGGAAGAUGCUGCUUGUGGUUCUGAGUCGCCCUGCCCCAAUGAGCCAACAGAGCCCAGCCCAGACCAGGCCAGUCCAGAGGCUGGGAGCUAGAUAGCAACAGGGCAGGAAGGUGAAGGACCCUCUCUACGCCCAGAUUAACAAAGGGAAGAAAUAAAGAGACACACACCAGGAAGGCGGCCCGGACCAGCACUGAGAAGAGUGGAGGAGAAGCUUCAUUUCUCUGUGUGAAAGUGUACGUGAAUGUGUGUGUGUGUGAGUGUUUGUGCCAUCUACUCCCAUCAAGAGUCAUUCCUUCCUCCCCAGUAUCCCUUCAUAAAGGACAAGUAUUGACACAGAUCCAGUUUUCCCUACCUUGUCCUCUCCUCUGCCGUCGUCUCGCCUCACUCCCAGCCUUACUGUCCUUUCCAUCUUUGUCAUCACGUUGCUUCCUUCUGCCUCCUGGACAGUGACUUUGCUGCAAUAAGGCGGGUCGGAAUCGAGCGGUGCCUCCAUGUCUCUUGACAAAAAACAUGACACACACAUAAACAUGGUAUAAAGUGUGGACUUUGUCGUGGAGAUGGACUCUGCAGGGCCUGUCUUUGGAAUUUUAAUUGGUUGGACUUGUGCAGAAACUCUGGGAGCUACUCACUCGCCACACACACACACACACACACACAGUUGGACAUGCACUGGCCUAAUGUGUCUCAUCGCAGACAAAGACUAAAAGGACCAGAAAAUGUGAAGGAUCCGCACCCCAAGAGCAACCAUGGUGACAUUCUCUAUAGCUUUUGUACAAUACUAAUGACAGAAAAAAACUACGAAAACAGUACAUUUGGAAGAAAAAAAAAUAUUUUAUAAUUCAAAUGAAAGCCACAAUGUGGGGUUCAGCUCUGUAGGGUGUUGUAGAGUGGCUUCAGCGGCAUCUUGAUCAUGGGAUUGGCCAUUUUGUAAAUAAACAUCAGCACCAUCACUCCUACCAGUACUGUACUACUGCUACAGUAGUACUGUACAACAGUGCAUCGGACCCAUGUGCCAUCAAAUAGGGAGGCUUCCAGUUAUGCAAAUUCUUAAUCCAAGCAAUAGCGACACGUGUUUUCCCUGCUUUUGCUUGUCCUCAUUUUCCCCUUCUCAAAAUUACAGUUCACCUGCACCGUACCAACCAUAUAUUCCUCUCAUGCAGCUCACCCCCCUUUAAAAUACAGUGGAACCUCUAAAGUUGAACACUUCACUUGUCAAACAAAUGUAGAUUUUUGCUACAAAUAUUUUACGAAAGUCAAUCUGCUACUUGAUGAGUUUUACAGGUUUUUUUUUAAUGAGUUUUACAUAUUUACUUGUUAAGUUUUAUGUUAGUAAGUUUUACUAUAUUAAUAUUACUAUUUUUCUUUACAUUUCUACUUAAUACGGUUCACCUUUUUCAUUAAGUUGUACGUUGUAACAAAAAUCGGAACAUGAUGGUGCAUCUGUGGCAGAAAGGUUGCCAUAACAGACUCGUUUAUGUUCAAAUAGAACUCAUGCAGUGAAAAAAGUGAAAUGGAUUAAGUUAAAACUUACAACGUGCAUUUCAAGUAAACGAGUAACUCAUUACGGAAAAAUACAUGAAAACGCAAACCUUCGGGGUGUCAGCUUAGAAAGAACUGUUUUUGGAUUUUUCAUUAGCUUUUCUUGCCUUGUGUGGGUGUUUUUAAGUGACUUUACUCACACCAAGUACCUUUUGAAACAUAUUUUGGCUCAUUAGCUUGCCUGAGGUGAAUUAAACAUGAAUAAUUCAGCAAAGGAAAAUUUGAAUUAAAUUUCUGGGGUACACCCUGGACAAUUGGACAAUUUGGAGUCACCAAUUAACCUAGCAUGUUUUUGGAAUGUGGGAGGAAACCGGCGUACCUGGAGAAAACCCAUGCAAACUCCACACAGAGAUGCCCAACAGAGGAUUCAAACCCAGGUCUUCCCAAUUUCCAGAUUGUGUGGCCUACAUGCAUAAUAACAAUAAUCAUAAUGGAAUAUUCAUCCCCAGUAACCACAUAAUUUCUCUUUGCAUUAUUUCUUCCGAGGACAACUGACCAGCUUCCCAGAUGGUCUAACUUUAGAGGCGCUCCUGUCGUCAUACUAAUCCACUACGUCUUCAUCCAGUGACUCCCUGUUUCAUGGCCAGAGUCUUCCUCACAUCACUCAUUUUGGGACCCUUGUGUUGAUUAACAAGCCACUGCUGUUAUGAGCAAAGACAAAAAAGGGAAGCGGAACAUUUCUAGAGUUUACCUCAACUAACAUUUUCUUAAUGUAACAUUGAUACAGUACAUUAUUUUUUAUCUUUAUGAAUAUACAGUAUGACAUUCAACAGUGGCUUUUUUUAGAUGAUUUCUUUUUUUUUUUUGGUUGUUUUUGUUAUUUGGUUUGGGUUAUUUCUUGAUUUCCAUAUACUGACCAUGUAUUACUGUUCCAAAUAAACA